AAUAGAGCAAACUGGGAGCAGUAGUUAGAUAGAGAGCGCGAGGGCGGAAGCAAAUACCAGAGCCUCUGUCAUACGGCAGCGAUAAAGACUAAUGACCCAGCAUGAGGAGCCGUUCCCUCCACUAACAUGGACAAGUACGAAAAGGUGAAGAAAAUCGGGGAAGGUUCGUUUGGAAAGGCUGUCCUUGUCAAAUCCAAAGAGGAUGGACACCAAUAUGUCAUCAAGGAGAUUGGCAUAUCUGGAAUGUCAAGUAAAGAGAGGCAGGAAUCUCGAAAAGAGGUUGCCGUUCUUGCCAACAUGAGUCAUCCCAACAUCGUCCAAUAUAAGGAGUCUUUUGAAGAGGGGGGCUGUCUGUACAUUGUGAUGGACUACUGUGAGGGAGGAGACCUCUUCAAGAAGAUCAACUCUCAAAAAGGAAUGCUGUUCUCAGAAGAGCAAAUCUUGGAUUGGUUCGUGCAGAUUUGCUUGGCACUGAAGCACGUGCAUGAUCGAAAAAUCCUCCACAGGGACAUCAAAUCGCAGAACAUAUUUUUGACGAAAGAUGGGACUGUGCAGCUUGGAGACUUUGGGAUUGCGAGGGUGCUAAACAGCACUGUAGAACUCGCAAGAACGUGCAUAGGAACACCUUAUUACCUAUCACCAGAGAUCUGCGAGAACAAACCGUACAACAACAAAAGUGAUAUUUGGGCGCUAGGGUGUGUCCUGUAUGAAAUGUGCACUCUUAAGCAUGCAUUCGAGGCUGGCAACAUGAAGAACCUCGUCCUGAAGAUCAUCCGUGGCUCGUACCCUCCCGUGUCUGUCCACUACUCCCAAGAACUUCGCUCACUCUUGGCGCAGCUGUUUAAGCGCAACCCACGAGAGAGGCCCUCAGUCAGCAGCAUACUGGACAAACCUUUCCUGACUUGUAGGAUAGAGAAGUUCCUCACACCACAGAUUAUUGCUCAGGAAUUCCACCAUGCUUUUCUUCACAAGCUGCCUAAAGUGGGUGUGUCACAGGGGCCACCAGCCAAGAGAUCUGCCCCUGGCUCCAUACCACUCGCCCCAGCCCAGAAGAUUACCAAACCAGCCAGCAAAUAUGGAGUGCCUUUAACUGUGAGGAAAGUGUCAGAUGCUGCCAAAAAGCCUGCAGAGAGGAAACCAGCUGUGAAACAUAAACCAGCCCCUCUCCCAGCAGCCCCCAAGAGAAGAGUGAGUCAAGUGGAGGAAGAGAGGAAAAAACAAGAGGAUGGUGCCCGAAAGAAAAGAAUGGAGCUGAUUGAGAAAGAAAGGAAACAGAGAGAGCAGAUGUUCCUGUUGAAAGCGGAUCAAAUGAAGAGAUAUGAAAAGGAAAAGAUCAAUCGCAUAAACCAAGCCAGAGAACAAGGCUGGAAGCAUGUCUUGAAUUCUAGUGGAGGCAGCAGCCCAGAGAGGAAGUGUUAUGUAGGGGGUGGAAAGAGAGUUGUCCCAAGUUCUGUUCAGGGACUUCCUCCAAGUAAAACCCCAUAUGAGCAGUACCAUGCUGCUCUGGACCAAAUGGCUAAACCACAGCCUAAAGUCAUCAAGAAGGAGGGACCCUCAGCUGGACCAGGCAGUCCAGUUCGAAGCGUACCAGCUGCUGCUGGCCCGGUGCUGCCCAAUGGUCCGGCCCGAAUCUUAAACCCUGAUGUAAUCAAGAGGGAAUUACAGAGGCUGCAGCAUGUUUCUAGACAAGCUCAUAUUAGUAGGCAGUGUGGUCAGAUGGCUCAUGGACGGGCCUAUCAGGUUGAGGAGUUUUUACAGCGGAAGAGAGAAGCCAUGCUCAACAAAGUUCGUGCUGAGGGACAGCUGGGCACUCGUCAAAACCUGGCUGCGAUCUAUGGAACCCGGGGCGGUUCCCUUCGGUGCAGGAGGCCCAGAGCCAACAAAGAGGAGGAGGAGUAUUUGUCAAGACUGAGGCAGAUCCGCUUGCAGAACUUCAAUGAGCGGCAGCAGAUCAAAGCGCGACUGAGAGGAGAGAAGUACGACAGCGAUGGCUCCGACAGCCAGGAGUCCAGUGAGGAGGCAGAGCUGAGGAGAAAGAAGAUAGAGGCUUUAAAGGCCCAAGCAAACGCCCGUGCUGCUGUGCUGAAAGAGCAACUAGAGAAGAAGAGAAAAGAAGCAUAUGAGAGAGAAAAGAGAGCUUGGGAGGACCAUCUUGCAGCUCGAGGGGUAAAGGUUGGCAUGGCAGCAGGAAACGUAGCCCCAGCAGCAGCAGUGGCAGCAGCAGUAGCAGUAGCAGUAUCAUCUACCUCCACCAGUCCUCUUCCACCCCAGCCCAGUCCCUCUCUGCCAGACCCGGCUCCCAAAGCUCCUGCCCUGCCUGUAUCCAAACCCCAGUCGAUCCUGGCCAUAUCCAUGACUGCUGCCCUGAAGAAUGUUGGAGCAAUUACCCCACUAAAAGAAAGCUUACCCGACCCAGAGAAUGCUACAGUCAUCCAGAGUGAGAAAAAGCAGAUUUUGCGCCGACUUAACCAGAACCUAAAGGCCCAGAGCUCAGCGGAGGAAGUGGAGCAGCCGACUCUGCCCCCUGCAGAACCAAGCCCUGCUCCCCAGCAGAUCCAGUAUGAGACUGAGAAACGCCCCCCUUCAAACGGAGACCGGAAGAAGUGGGAUGCAGCAGAUCUGCCAGUGCUUCCAGUGGCUCAGCAAACCUUAACGGAAACCUGCGCCACAACAGCAGCCUCCUCCGGGUCUCCAGAAGACAGACCAUCUUCAGGUGGAGACAGGAAGAAGUGGGAGGCAGGAGUUCCACUUGUUAUCUCUGUUGCUCAACAAACUCUGGAGCAGACAUGCAUCGCAACCAUAGAACAAACAGCAGGUGAAGUUAUACAGAUGGGUGUGCUACAUGAAGAGGCACCUAGAAAGGUGUGGGGGCCCAGUCCAGACUCUCAGGUGCUGAAGGUGCUUCAGCAGGCAGAGCUUCAGCCUCUCACCCAGCAGCUGGAGAAUGCCACCAUCUGCGAAGAAGACUUUUCCAGCCCUGAUAAACCUAACCAGACGACAGCUGCUGAGGUAGCGAAGACACCUACAGAAGUGUUGCCCUCUAAGCCAACAGCAUCUGCUGCGGUGCAGAGCGCGGAGGUUCAGAAGGAGAGUUCACACACCACAGGAGCUUCACAUCAGCAAGCAUCUGCAGCUGGUGCGGUAGACCACGUGACACUGCCACCAAACCUCACUGAGACUCACGAUCCAGCAGAUGUGGAGUCGAUGGUUUUGGAAGAGACACCUAAACAGGCCUCACGUCCCCAGACUGGUGUGCAGCAGGCGUGGGAGCAGGAAGCCCAACAGCCGAUGCCACCAGAGGGCAUCACAAGACCAACAGGCACCAAAGAGGUUGAGAAGAGUGCAGAGAAACUGACUGAAUCUUCCGGCUUAGCACAGUGUGAGGAGCCCCUGUUUAUGAAGUUGUGUUCCCCGGCCCACCGACGCACUGCUGCCCUUGCAAUCCUCUCAGCCCAGUCCUCCUUCGAUGAAUCAUCUUCCUCUCUGGCUUCUCGCUCACGCUCUGUCUCCCCUCUGCGCUCCAAACACCACGACGCCCUCCUCAUUGGUCUCUCCACGGGGAUGUUUGACUCCAAUAACCCUAAGAUGCUGCGGACAUGUUCCCUGCCGGAUCUCAGUCGUCUCUUCAGCGCUCAGCAGGACUCCGCAGUGACAAAUGCUAAUGUUGCCCCAGACAACAACCUGGAAAUCGAGGACUUGGACGAGGCAGCCAAAGAUGACGACCAGUCUGAGACUGAAGAUGCAUAUGAGGAUGAAGACCUGCGGGACAUCCGGGCCUCCAUGGAGAGGCUGCUGCAAGAGGAGGUCGGUGCAGGAGACUUCAAUGGAAACCCUCCAGAUGGCGAAGACCAAGAGCUCUUCAACAGGUUAGCAGCUGAGAUCGAUCAGGACAACAAUCAGAUGGCUGUAGAUGACGACGAUGAUGACGACGACGAUGAUGAAGAGGAGGAGGAGGAGGAGGAGGAAGAAGGCGAGGAGGAUGAUGAGGAGGAGGAAUGCUCCAAUGGCAGUCCUGGUGAAGAGGACCACAGCAAUACCAGCCAGAUAAAUGAAGAGUGGCAGUCAGACGGCAGUGGAGAGGACCAGGGCGUAGAGGCUACUUAUCAUGACAGCAUCUUCAGUCGACUGGAAGAGCUGCGCUUCAACCUGGAGCAGCAGAUGGGCUUUGAGAAGUUCAUCGAGGCGUACAAUAAGAUUAAGGCUAUACAUGAAGAUGAAGAUGAGACUAUUGACCUGGGCUCGAGUUUAGUGCUGAGCAUUUUGGGAACCGAGUACCAGCAUCUGUAUGCCAACAUCCUUCAUCUGGUAAUGGCAGAUGGUGCAUACCAAGAAGAUAAUGAUGAAUAAGUUUCAUGCCGUGGAGCUGCAGCUGGCAGCUACGACAAUCUGCUGGCUAUCUGAUGUCUUCCCACCACGCACAUCAUUGACAGAGGGAUCUAUGCAUGGGGUGUCACAGCCGCACAUCUAACAGUGUUUCAGGCACACUUGCAUGAUGAAUAACUUGUACACUCGAGGCUGUUUCUCAUAGUUUUAUGACUAUCAGCACCUGACACUACUUUCUCACCAGUGUUCAUUCAAAAGUGCAUUAUCGAAUACAUGUUUGUAUUAACCAAAGUUAACGUCAAGGUUCUGUCAAGUGUGUAUGAAAGUCUGUGUCUGUACAUUAAUGAAACACAUGUAUCGUCAUGUUGAUUGAUGGCAUAAACCCUGUUGUGUUCCAGUUUGUGGUUGGUUCAGUUGGCAGGCAAAAAUCUGGUCCUCUCAGGUGCUCUCUUUCUAAUCGUCACAUACUCAAACAAUAGCUUCAGGACAUAAACCAGGUCACCCUCAGAACAGCCAAGAUUCACUUCAGAGAACCAGGUAAACCUCCUUUUUCUUACAACUCUUCGACCAAACUUGAAGUUGAAUAUGAUCCAAUACAUUUUUCCACAGUUUCUUAAUGUUUCAGUUAACCUAAACUACAUGACAGACUUCUGCGAGAAUGUUGUUUGUUGUAGCAAGACUGUGGCAUUGGCGUGGUAGGCGUUACGGAGUGAGUUGGGUCAUAAUGAUACUCAGUGCAGAGAGCUGAUGAUGUAAGCAAUGGUACAGAUGUUAACGAUAAUUCAUAUUUGAUUAUAAAUUAAAUAUUGUAAAUCUUUUUAUGAAAUAAACACUUUUUUUUAUAACCUGA